CUGCCAACUUCUACAACUUGCCUCUAAAACCUCACAGGGCCGGAACACUUUAUCAUCCUGUUGAUACUCCAUACUAUUCCUAAGGAGGUCAAACGUCUUUGCAGUAUCACACGACAUCAAAUUCCCAACAAUGCAUCCCCCGUCCCCCCAACUCCUCCGCGCCUUGCGCACCUCAAUCUCCCCCAACUGCAGCAGCAGCGCAAUCUGCACACAGCUCGCAUCUCGCUCCGUCUCCCCUCUCAGUCGACUGACCUCCUCCCCCCUCACAUUCCACCGCUACAACAGCAACGAUGCCCGUCCGACCCGGAUGAUCCCUCGCGCUCACAGCGCAAAGCCCUCCAGCCGAGACCGCGGCCCGCCGUCCAAGGAAGACACUCAGACGGACUUUAGUGCCCUCAACGUGCUGGGAAACAUCCCUGCCCCGACGACCGCUAUCGACGCUACUCUUGAUACGGGAUUUCAUCUGGACAAUGGCGUCAAGAUCACCGGUGGGGAUGGAGUGUUCCUUGUUGGCGGAGAAGCUUUUGUCUGGCGGCCGUGGCAAGGUGCUGAAGCGGGGAAGAACAGUAUGGUCAAUCAGAAGGGCCAGUUUGAGGUUCCGGAGCAUGCGUGGGGAAUUUUGGAUCUGGUUUGGCCUCGUCCGGAUAUGUUGAUUAUUGGCAUGGGAGAGACUGUGUUCCCUCUGUCGCCGGAGACCAAGAGACAUGUCAAUUCUUUGGGAGUUCGGGUGGAAGUGUUGGACACGAGGAAUGCUGCUGCGCAGUUCAAUCUGUUGGCUACGGAGAGAGGCGUGUCGGAGAUUGCUGCGGCUAUGAUCCCAAUCGGAUGGAAGGGGAGGUAGAGGCAUUUCUGAGCUGGUGUCUGAGCAGUCAUAUUAGGGGGCGUUGGACCCUGGAUACUAUGGGGCUACCCGGUGGCUCGCUGUGAUAUUGGGGGCUAACGUUGUGUAUGUUAUUGUUGUUCGUAUUCUGAGGGAGUCAUCGUCCCUUUAUGAUGUCCCAUCCACUCUUGUAUUCAUGUAUAAUAGAUAAUGAUAUGUCUGGGAAAUUAGCCUA